ACAUCGAUUCCAGAGUGUUGUAAACAGAGUGAACAUUUGUCAAGAAAGAGCCUUAAUUUAUGUUUUGGAAACAAAACCAUGGACAAUUUAGUGAUUUUAAACAAUUGGUUGGAAAAGCACAGCAAUAACGACCAGGAAAAUGAUGUUCUGCUACUGGACUUUUCGAAAAUAUGCCGACUAUGCCUGAAAGAGUCGUUAAACAUGUACGGCAUCAGGAAUCAUUUAGUGGAAUUUGAGGAUGGCAGCCUGUUUCUCGAGAAAGUUAUUUCGAAUCUACUUUCUGAGGAUGAGGAUAGUAGCGAGGAUGAUUUCCCUGAAAAUAUCUGCUUCAAGUGCUCGGAAAUGAUUCUACAAUUCUACGAGUUCAAAAUUCGUUGCAAGAAAGCGCGGGAGGCACUCACGCUAUACAAUAAAAUAAUCACACAAGACGUUGUACGCGAUCUGGACAAAACGGCUGGCCAGGCAAUAGAUAGCCUACAUCAGGUUGACUUAGAUCAACCAGAAACGAAAACCGAAUUUGACGAAUUCUAUGACAACUGUCCCGUUCGUUCGGAAUCGUCACAGGACAAGCUGGAACAGUCUGACAAUAUCAAUGUCAUAAAAAUCGAACUCAUUCAUCCCAAUACGAUUGACGGUGAGACUUCUACAGUGGACGAGAAAUCAUCAUCCGCUAACAUCUGUCCGCACUGUUCGGAAAUUUUCACGAAGAGAAGUGACCUGAACAAGCAUUUGAAAACGGUUCACAAAGAUAAGACGCUGGUUUGCGAGAUAUGCCAUCAGGCAUUUUCGCAAAUUCAAACGUUGAAGCGCCAUUCGAAAAUCCAUCAAUCCGAUCAGCGGAACAAACUGUGUCCGUUUUGUGGGAAAUGUUUUGUUCGAACGGACGAUUUGCGACGGCACGUUAGGAUACAUACGAACGAAAGGCCAUACGCUUGCGACAAAUGUGAUAAAAAGUACAAGCAAACGUCUGAGUUGAAAGAACAUCAAAAGUCCCAUUCGAGCUUGAAAAGCUACGUGUGCAACGUCUGCGGCAAAACGCUGGCCACAAGAAACGGAAUCUACGUACACAUGAAAGUUCACAAUGGCAUCAAGAAUCACGAGUGUCAGACGUGUGGCACCAAGUACGUAACGGCCGGCCAAUUAGCCUCGCACAUAAAGCAUAUCCAUUCGAAACAGAAACCGUUUCUGUGUUCGCACGAAAAUUGUUUGAAAAGCUUCGUGACGAACAUUGCUCUGCGCGCUCAUGUACGAUCGCACUGUGUGGUGAAAAAGGAGUUCGAAUGCACCGUUUGUGGUAAAAUUUUGACAUCGUCUUCCAAAUUGGCAGUACACAAACGGAGUCAUGGUGUGAUGACAGAUACAAAUACGACCACAGAACAGAGUCAAUUUAUUGUUACGAGUUGUGAAUGAAAAGUAAUUUUUUUGUUAGUGUUUAAGAAUGAGUGGAGGAAAUGUUUUUAUUUAUACGAAAA